UAUGAAUAUUUCCGGCUUGUAAUAACAAUGUCAUAAUUUCUUAUUGUUAAUAAUACCCUAUUAAAUAAGCGAUUAUUACGUUAUUAGCAAUAAUAAACCGUAUUAUUAUUUAAUAUUUAUUAUUCUAUUUUUGGUUAUAAAUACUUUUUCUCGAACUCGCUCAUUCGAUACACAAUAAUAUUUAUUAUUUACCCGUAGAAGAGAGCAGGAGUGUGUUGUCUAUUGAACUUGCCGAUUGAUUUUUUUUUUUUUCAAUAAUAUUUUAUUAUACCUAAUAUAUUACUAUUACACACAGUCGACGUCGUAUAUUUUGUUUAAAAUGGAUAGUGCCGCCAUCAAGUCGGUACUGGAAAAUUACGAUGCUCGCGUGCCGAAAGACACCGACCGGGUGUACAAAGACGAAUGUCUUUAUUCGUUUGAUUCGCCUGAUUACGAAACUGGACUUUAUAUUUGUUUGCAAACGUUUGUCGGGCUCGGUCGAGAAUACGUCGAACGAUAUUACAACAAGACGGGAUGUUCGGUUUUUCUGCACAUGCUUCGCGAUAAAAUUGAGGUUGAAACCAAAAUGACUCAGGUAGGAGAUGCGCCGACCGAACGAAAGAUCACCAGGCUGGCGAUCGGAGUGGACGGCGGUUUCGACCCGGACGCGGAGAACAAGAAGUACAAAACAAUAGAGAAAUACUCCAUCGUGGUGCUGCCCAAUUUCGAGUCCAUACCGUUUGAAACUAACGAGUUGCCGCAAAAAGUGAUCGAUUCGGUCAAAGGUAUUAUCGAAGCUAAAUCGGCUAAUUAUUUGGCCGAGUUAGAAAGUUUGUCCGGCACUUGGGACGGAGAAAUAAGACUGAAAACCAAAUACGCUGACAUAGAACAGUUAAACAACGGCAAAAAAAUUCCCCCCAGCGGUUGGAAAUGUGAAUUUGAAAAUUGCGACAUUGAUAAUAAUUUAUGGCUUAACUUGACGGACGGUUCAAUCUACUGUGGGCGUAAAUUUUUCGACGGUUCAGGAGGAAACGGUCAUGCGACUCUUCAUUACGAGGAAACUAAACAUCCACUCGCCGUAAAGCUUGGCACAAUCACAAAAGACGGCAAAGGAGACGUGUACAGUUAUCCGGAAGACGAUAUGGUCGAAAAUCCAAAUCUCGUAAAACAUCUAUUGCACUUUGGUAUCAACAUUUCUACAUUAGAAAAGACCGAAAAAUCUAUGGUGGAACUGGAAUUGGAUCUAAACCAGAAAUUCGGCGAAUGGGCGACGUUGCAAGAGAGCGGCGCCGAACUAAAACCGAUAUUCGGACCGGGAUACACGGGCAUGCACAAUUUGGGCAACUCUUGUUACAUGAACAGUAUCAUGCAAGUUUUGUUCUCCAUAUCGGACUUCACCGACAAGUAUUACCUUGGAUCGAGAAAUAUAUUUGAUAUGUGCACCGAUAAUCCAGUUGAAAAUUUCGACGUGCAAAUGGCGAAGCUUGCACACGGUUUGUGUUCUGGAAGGUACUCUAUGCCGCCGCCGGAGGUCAUAGAAGGCAAGAAAAAGUAUUGGCACCACGGGGUCAGACCCAACACUAUUAAGACGUUGAUCGGAAAGGGACAUCCGGAGUUUGCCACCAAGAAGCAGCAGGAUGCUCAAGAAUUCUUCUUGUAUUUAGUUUCUCUGAUUGAGCGCCAUAGUCAGCGGUCGGAAAAUCCCGCGGAAAGCUUCAAGUUCAACAUCGAGGAACGUUAUCAAUGUUCAACUACCGGACAAAUUAAGUACACAUAUCGCCCCGAGUACUGUUUGCCGUUGUCUAUUCCUCUAGAAGCGGCCAUAAACAAGGCCGACGUAUUGGAAUACGAGAAACGGUUAAUCGAAAACGAAGGAUUAGGCGAAACUGGUAAAAAAAACGUCAACGAAAUCGUUCGACCUCGUAUCAAAGUGUCUUCGUGUCUAGAAGCGUUUAGUCAGUCUGAAGUCAUUGAACAAUUCUUUAACGCCGCAUUGAACCAAAGAACUACGGCUCAAAAGACUACGAGACUGGCAACAUUUCCCGAUCAUCUGAUGAUACAUUUGAAAAAGUUUUCUCUCCGCGAAGACUGGACGCCCAUCAAGUUGGACUGCGCUGUUGAGAUGCCCGAACAAUUGGAUAUUGGCCAUUUGAAGGGAAACGGUCCUCAGGAAGGGGAAAAUAUAUUGCCGGAAACGAUCGAUGCUCCUCCUCCGUUCGUGUUUGACCCCAGCGUCAUGUCCGAACUAAACCAAAUGGGCUUUCCGCCCGAAGCUUGCAAACGAGCCGUAUUUUACACGAAAAACCGAGGACUGAACGACGCGUCCAACUGGCUAAUGGAACAUAUUUCAGAUUCAGAUUUCGACGCACCUUUCGUGCCGCCAGGAGCCGAAUCCAAAUCUUGUGGUUUCGAGCCGAACGAAGAAGCCGCCACCAUGAUCAUGUCUAUGGGAUUCGAACGAAGUCACGUGAUAUCCGCAUUGAAAGCCACUGAAAACAAUCUGGAUCGAGCUCUCGACUGGAUCAUGAGUCACGGACCCGAAGACGUCAGCGCGUUGAUUGACGCUCCGGCCAGUUCGGUGCCGACGUACAGAGACGGACAAGGAGUUUACAAACUUAUGGCUUUGAUAUCGCACAUGGGCAGUUCCUCGACCGUCGGACACUAUGUGUGUCAUAUUAAAAAAGAAGGCCGCUGGGUUAUAUUCAACGAUGAAAAAGUAGCGGUGUCUCAAAACCCUCCGCUCGAUCUUGGCUACUUGUAUAUUUACAAAAGAAUCAACUGUUGAAAAGUCGUUUAAAAAAUUAUUAAUCGUCGCGAGAUUGUUAUCAUUUUUUUCGUACAUACUUUUUUGUAUUUAAUAUCAUUUUUAUAUUGCUCUUAUCCUAUAAGUUAAAUAUGUAUUUUGAACUGUAAAUUGUAUCCAUAAACGAAAAUAAUUAAAAAAAUAUAUUUUUUACAAUA